AUCAGUCCUCUGCUAGACUUUGUCUUAUACACCCCAACAAAUACUCACUACACCUCACUUCGUACACAGGCGAGGUCCUUAAAAAGUACCUUUAGUAAUCCCCGUGAUCUGCAUCAACACCAUGCAUAAGUUGUCAAUUCUCAUUGCAUUCUUUGCCAUCUGUGGAGCGGCAUUGGCCCAGAAUGGCUACAAUUAUCCGCGACCGGAUCAGGCGUUGCCAGGAAGCCAGAGCACUUCGCGGCCUUUAGGCGGCGGCGGCACCACGCCCAGCUAUCCAGGCAGCACAGGAUACCCCGCUUCUCGGCCAGGAGGUCCAGGAUUCACCGCCCCAGGCCCCAGUGGUGGCGCCUUCCCGGGAACUGGAGCUGCUCCCGCUGCUGGCUACCCCUCAGGCGGACCCACUUCUCCGGCCACUGGUCGCCCAGGAUCCUUCGGCGCUCGCCCCGGUGAUGAGUACCCGUCUGGCCCCAGCCAACCCGGCACUGGAUACCCAGGAUCCGCCCCCUCUGGACCCUCAUCUUAUCCCGGAUCGGCGCCUUCAGGCCCCACUGGUGGCUUCCCAUCGCAGCCUGGCUUCCCCGGCGCUCCAGGACGUACUCCUGGCGCUCCCGCUCCCGGAUUCCCCGGUGGUUCAGCUCCAGCUCCCGGAUUCCCCGGCGCUUCGGCUCCAGCUCCCGGAUUCCCCGGUGCCUCAGCACCAUCUGCCCCAGGAAGUCGCCCAGGAGCACAAUUCCCUGGUGCUCAGCGUCCAGGCGCUGCCCCAGGAGCCCAGUUCCCCGGCACUGGCGGUGGAUUCCCCAGCGGACCCUCAGCCGGAGCCCCAGGAUUCGGAGGCGCGCCCGGAACACGUCAGCCAGGCGGCGGCGGAAAGUUCGAUGAUGGACAGUACGAGGGUGGUGACUAUUCGGCCAUUCCCGGAGAGCCUGGCGUCGAUUAUCCCAUCUACACGGAAAUCCCAGUGACCUCCUUCGAUUGCGUGCAGCAACAGUGGCCAGGAUACUAUGCUGACGUUGAGGCUCAAUGCCAAGUCUUCCACAUUUGCGCCCUCAACAAGACCUUCAGUUUCCUCUGCCCGAACGGUACGAUCUUCAGCCAGGAACACCUUGUUUGCGUGUGGUGGAAUCAGUUUGACUGCUCAACCGCUCCUGGACUGUACGGAAAUAACGCCUAUAUCUACGACUACAGCAAGGUGGGACAGCCAGGCUCUGGUGGAGCUCAGGGACCGGGAGUGACGGGUUUGUCGGGUCCAGGAGUGAGUGGACCGGGCGUGCAGGGGCCAGGAAGCUAUCCAGGAGCUCAAGUGCCAUCAGGACCGGCUGGUGGAUUCCCAGGCAGUGCCCCAGGACCUCGUGGACCCACAACUAGCACUGGAAGCUACCCAGGCGCUCAGGCUCCGGGAAGCCCCGCUGGUGGAUUCGGCCCCAGUCAGCCCGGCAGCGCUCCGGGAGGUGGAUACCCAGGAUCUGGACCAUCAGCCUCCUACCCAGGUGCUGCCCAGCCCGGUGGCGCUGUGCCCGGAGUUCCCGGCGCUCCAGGAUUCGGACAGAGCCCCAGUGGACCCGCUGUGGGCUACCCAAGUGCCGCAGGACCGGCCGCAAGCUACCCAGGUGCCAGUCAACCCUCAGCCCCCGGCAGCUAUCCUCAGGGCCCGUCGACGGGCUACCCAGGCGCCCAACCCGGCUUCCCCAGCACCGGAGGAUAUCCAGGCACACCGGCUCCAGGCUACCCUGGCGCCGGCUACCCCACUCAGCCCGACUCCGGAUACCCAUCGGCCACGCCACCCAAUCGCGAGUACCUGCCGCCGCGCCGGCAGUAGGCAAUGAGAGACAACUCAACCGUUGAUGACGGAUAGAGUUCCUGCCAAGCAACCUUUGAGCAUUUCCCCACCCCCACAGCAUCUCCCGCAAUCCAGCGACGACGCCCGGGAAGUCACGGCACCCCGUGAGUCCCGGGCGGCAAUUGGGGGGCGACUAGAGUGUGGGAUAAAAUCGCUAAUUUAAUCCUCAAAUCUCAUUUAAUCAGCCACCAUCGAGCGACAAUUCAUGUAAAUUUGCUACCUUCGCUGCAAAAGUACAAGUAGUGACUAUCGCUUCACACAAGUUUUGCUAAAAAAGAAACGAAAAUUUCAAUCACAUCUAUUAGGCAUAAACCGCGUGAUCUGUUUCCGCAGCAUUCUAACUAGCUAGCAAGUCGAAUCACCCUUCUUUUGUGUGUGUUUCCCACUUUGUAACGUAUAAGAAUUCCGCCAUGUUUUACCUAAAUAUUAAAUAUGUAAUUUGUAUAUUAAUGGCUAGAAUAUGUGUGAGAAAGCGUGUGAGUUUCUCACACAAAACAGAUCCAUCCACAAGAGGAGAGGAGAUGUAAAGAACAAAAAUUGUAUAAAAAAGACGUCCAAUAAAUAG